GUGCACUAUCUCUCUGUAUCUGGUGUUCUCCUCGUCAUUCAAAAUUAAAUAGGUGCUUCUCGUGUCGUUCGAAAUUUGCAUAUAUAUUUCGCCGCCUCUGCCGCCACCGCUGCUGUGGGAAUCACCGUCCGUGAUAAAAUUAUUAUGCUAUGACGUUGCUCGUGCGCUGACCGCCCGUAUUGAGGACGAAUUUUCUCACCGUCUGCUGUAGGUUUCGCAUUUUGUCGAUUCCGCACGAUCUAAAUCGAACGCUGUAUGAUCGGGGAAACCCUCUUAUCAUCAACAUGUGAAAAUCCGAAAACCGGCCUUUUCUUCUUACCCUCCCUGACGUCGUGACAACAGCAGUUGCCAGUUAACCACAGGGAAAAUGACGGAGUCUUUGGACAGUGGCACCGCCAACACCUUGUCGUCGUUGGACGACAACACGACCAACUCACUGUCCGUAAUGGACAUGCCCAUAUUUGUGGACUACCUGAAGAAAACAGUUUCUACCAUAUUUCACGGUGAUAAGUCCGCCUCCUCGUCCAUGUUAGACUUAGCAUUUGAGGAGCCCAGCAAUGUAGAGUGUAUCAAAAAAUUUCUAUCGGAUCCAAAUACUGCAACUAUUUUCGUUCAAAAGAGUGUCUUAAAAGAUGAAGAAACUGAAAAUGGCAGUGAAGGAGAUGAUGAUAAAGAUAUACCAUUAUUUUAUUUAUCUAAUGAAGUUAUUUUUACUAAUCAAAAAAUGACAAGUUUGUCUUUUAUGAAGAGGGCAACUGUUAUAGAAGCUGAUAAACCUAUUCCAAGUCAAUUACGAAUUGUUCAAUUUAAUGAUGGGUCACCGUAUGAAACAUUGCAUGCCCUAGUUAGUAAAGCUAUAACUCCAUAUUUCAAAAGUUAUGUCAAGGAAUCGGGGAGAGCUGAUAGAGAUGGUGAUAAAAUGGCUCCAUCAGUAGAAAAAACUAUGGUAGAAUUAGAAAUGGGUUUACUUCAUUUACAACAAAACAUUGAUAUUCCUGAAGUGACAUUAACAAUUAAUCCUACUGUAUUAGCCAUAAUUAGUAAAUGUGCCGAAGAAAAUCGUAAACCUAAAGUAUCAGAUUUUGGCGCUCUUGUUGAAGAUUCCAAAUUCCUUAAUCAGCUUCAAGCUGGUGUUAAUCGUUGGAUAAAAGAAAUACAAAAGGUGACUAAUUUAGACAGAGAUCCAUUAAAUGGGACAGCUUUGCAAGAAAUUAGUUUUUGGUUAAAUAAAGAAAGAGCCCUUCACCGUAUACAAGAAAAACGUGAAAGUUUAGAAGUGGGCCUUACAUUAGAGAUUUUAAAACAUGGCAAACGUUUUCAUGCAACAGUCAGUUUUGAUAGUGAUACUGGUCUUAAGACUGCUUUAGCAACUGUUAAUGAUUAUAAUACUUUGAUGAAAGAUUUCCCUAUUAAUGAUCUUUUGGCUGCGACAGAUUUAAAUCGUAUCCGUGUUGCUAUUGAACAUAUUUUUAUUCAUUUACGUAAAAUAAGGAGUACAAAGUAUCCAUUACCUAAAUUAUUAAAAUUAGUUGAAGCUAUUUCUAGAGAUUUGUUAUCAAAGUUAUUAAAAGUAUUGGGUACAAGGUUUUUAAUGCAUAUUCCAUAUGAUGAAUUUGAAAAAGUUAUGUUGCAGUGUUUUAAUGUUUUUACUGCAUAUGAUGAUGAAUUUGAUAAGCUUCAAGUUAUUUUGAGGGAUGUAGUGAAAAGAAAACGAGAUGAGACAUUCAAGGUAGUUUGGCGAAUACAACCAGAUCACAAAAGGUUGCAAACUAGACUGGAACAUAUGAGGAAAUUUAGGCAGCAACACGAACAAUUACAAGCGGUUAUUAUGAGAGUUUUAAGACCUACAGCCCAACAACCACAAGCUCGUGAAGAUCAAGAUCAAGGUCCUGUUUCUUUAUCACCUGCUCCAGACACAAGUGCUAUAGAGGAAGUGAAUUCAGCUUAUGAAAACAUUAAAGUAGUAGACUGUCUGGAUAUAAGUCGUGAGGGAGUUGAAGCUUGGGAAGCAGCUGUAGCACGAUAUGAAGAAAGAAUUGACAGGGUUGAAGCAAGAAUUACUGCACAUCUUAGAGAUCAAUUAGGAACAGCUCGUAAUGCUAACGAGAUGUUUCGUAUAUUUUCUCGAUUUAAUGCUCUUUUUGUUAGACCGCACAUUCGUGGAGCCAUACGUGAAUAUCAAACUCAACUUAUUAAUAAAGUGAAAGAAGAUAUUGAAGCUCUACAUGAUAAGUUCAAAACUCAGUAUCCUCAGAGUAAAGCUUAUUUUUUAAGCCAUCAACAAGAUAUACCUCCAAUAGCUGGUUCUAUUUUAUGGGCCAAACUAAUUGAUAGUCAAUUGUCUGCAUAUCUUCGACGAGUUGAAGAUGUUUUGGGAAAAGGAUGGGAGGAUCAUUUAGAAGGUCAAAAAUUAAAAGCUGAUGGUGAUAGUUUUCGACUAAAAUUAAAUACCAAAGAUAUUUUUGAUGAUUGGGCUCGAGGGGUCCAACAAAGAAAUAUGGGUGUAUCAGGAAGAAUUUUUACCAUUGAAAGUACUAGAUCUCGAACGGGUCGUGGAAAUGUAUUGAAACUUAGGGUAAACUUUUUACCUGAAAUUAUUACAUUAUCUAAAGAAGUGAGACAUUUAAAAAAUCUUGGAUUCCGUGUUCCUUUAGCGAUAGUUAACAAAGCUCAUCAAGCUAAUCAAUUAUAUCCAUUUGCUAUAUCUUUGCGUGAAAGUGUUCGUACAUAUGAAUGUACUUUAGAUAAGCUUAUCAAUAGGAGUUCUUAUUUGAAGAUUGAAGAUAAAACUAGCAUUGUGCCAUUAAUUGCUGGAUUGCAUAAGGAUACUCAAGUACUUAUUGCCGAAGGCAUUCAAAUGGUAUGGGAAAGUUAUAAGCUUGAUCAAUAUGUACAAAAAUAUGCAGAACAAAUACUCGCUUUUCAAGAAAAAGUUGAAGAUCUUUUAGUAGUAGAAGAGCAGCUUGAACUUGAUGUUAAAUCUUUAGAAACAUGUGCAUAUUCUGCUAGUACGUUGGCUGAUAUUCUUUCAAAAAUUCAAAGAGCUGUGGAUGAUUUAUCUCUUCGGCAAUAUUCAAAUUUACAUAUUUGGGUUACACGUCUUGAUCAACAGAUCGAAAAAAGCUUAUCCUCAAGACUUCAAGCCGGUAUACAAGCUUGGACUGAAGCAUUAGAAGGAAAAAAGAAAGAUUUGAGUAUGGAUACUGAUGCACCACCUCAACCAACUAAUAAGCUUGGUGGUGAUCCUCAAAUUAAAGUGCAGAUACUUGAAGUCAGGAUUACUAAUCAAACUAUUUACUUAUAUCCAAAUCUGUGCGAAGCACGUGUCCAACUUAUGCAACAGUUUUUUGCAUGGCAAGCUGUUGUAACAUCACAGGUGAGAUUACAAAGCUCUAGGUACCAAGUUGGUUUAGAUCAGCCAACAUCACAGACAUAUCAAGAUCUUUUGGCUAAUUUACCAUCCGGUGAAACUGUUUUAACUGCUGCUUUUGAAGCUAUGGAAAAAAAAAUAAAUGAGGCUGAAAAAUACAUGUCAGAAUGGUUAAUUUACCAAUCUUUAUGGGAUUUACAAGCAGACAAUUUAUAUAGCCAAAUGGGUGAAGAUAUUAAUAUUUGGAUGACUUAUUUAAAUGAUAUUCAGAAAUCUCGUAAAACAUUUGAUACUACAGAAACACGAAAAGAUCUUGGACCUUUUAUUAUUGAGUAUGGAAAGGUACAAAGUAAAGUUGCUUUGAAGUAUGAUUCUUGGCAUAAAGAAAUUUUAAAUAAAUUUGGAGGUCUACUUGGCAAUAGUAUGACACAGUUUCAUGUUCAAGUGGCUAAAUCUCGAAAUGAUAUGGAAAAACAAUCUAUUGAAGCUGCAAGUACGUCUGAUGCUGUAUCAUUCAUAACUUAUGUUCAAUUUUUAAAACGUAGUAUGAGAGUGUGGGAGAAACAAGUUGAUCUUUACAAAAGAGGUCAAAAAAUUUUGGAAAGACAACGUUUUCAAUUUCCUACUAAUUGGUUAGAUUUAGAUAAUGUUGAAGGAGAGUGGAGUGCGUUUAAUGAAAUCAUCAAACGUAAAGAUAAAUCAAUUCAAACUCAAGUUCAAAGCCUUCAGAUGAAGAUAAUUGCUGAAAAUAAAGCUGUAGAAACUAGAACAAAUGACUUUCUUUUGGAGUGGGAACAGGGUAAACCAGUAGCAGGAAAUACUCAACCUGAUGAUGCUUUAUCCCAACUCCAAGUAUUUGAGAAUAAAUUUACUCGUAUUAAAGAAGAAAGAGAUAAUGUAGCUAAAGCUAAAGAAGCAUUAGAACUUAAAGAUCCAGCAGGUAGUGCUUUAUCGAGUGCUGAAGAUCGUAUGAUAGUAGUUUUUGAAGAAAUGCAAGAUCUAAAAGGCGUAUGGUCUGAAUUAUCAAAAAUAUGGGUACAGAUUGAUGAAAUCCGAGAAAAACCUUGGCUUUCAGUUCAGCCAAGAAAACUUCGUCAACAACUAGAUGGUUUGACCAAUCAGUUAAAAGAAUUACCUGCCCGUUUUAGGCAAUAUUCUUCUUAUGAAUAUGUUAAAAAACUAUUACAAAGUUAUGUAAAAGUAAACAUGACUGUAAUAGAAUUGAAAUCUGAUGCACUGAAAGACCGUCAUUGGAAGCAAUUGAUGAGAAAACUUAGAGUGAAUUGGACAUUUUCAGAUAUAACUUUAGGACAAAUUUGGGAUGUGGAUUUACAAGCAAAUGAAGCAGUUGUUAAAGAUAUCAUUAUGACUGCGCAAGGAGAAAUGGCCCUUGAAGAAUUUUUAAAACAAGUUCGAGACACUUGGCAAUCAUAUUCUUUAGAUUUAAUUAAUUAUCAGAAUAAGUGUCGUCUUAUAAGAGGUUGGGAUGAACUUUUUAAUACAGUCAAAGAACAUAUCAAUUCUGUAGCAGCUAUGAAAUUAUCACCUUAUUACAAAGUUUUUGAAGAAGAAGCUUUAACAUGGGAAGAAAAACUUAAUCGAAUUAAUACUCUUUUUGAUGUUUGGAUAGAUGUUCAACGUCGUUGGGUAUAUUUAGAAGGUAUUUUCUCAGGAAGUGCUGAUAUAAAGACUUUGUUACCAGUUGAAACUUCACGUUUUCAUAAUAUUAGUUCUGACUUUUUGGGUCUAAUGAAAAAAGUUUCUAAGUCAAGAAUGGUUAUUGAUGUUCUUAAUAUUCAAGGAGUACAGCGGUCUCUUGAAAGAUUAGCUGAUUUACUAGGUAAAAUACAAAAAGCUCUUGGAGAAUAUUUGGAAAGAGAAAGAAUGUCUUUCCCAAGAUUUUAUUUUGUUGGGGAUGAAGAUCUUUUAGAAAUUAUUGGAAACAGUAAAAAUAUUUCAAGGCUACAAAAACAUUUCAAAAAAAUGUUUGCUGGUGUAGCUGCUAUAAUCUUGGAUGAAACAUCAACAAAUAUUCUUGGUGUAGCAUCUCGUGAAGGAGAGGAAGUUAUAUUCACUAAUCCCAUAUCGACAACUGAUCAUCCUAAAAUUAAUGAAUGGUUAACAUUGGUUGAAAAAGAAAUGUGUUUCACAUUGGCUUCGCGUUUGGGUGAAGCUGUAACUAAUAUCAAACAAUUCAAACAAGAAACUAUUGAUCAUGAUGCUUUUAUGACUUGGUGCGAUAACUAUCAAGCUCAAAUUGUGGUUUUGUCUGCUCAAAUUUUAUGGAGUGAAGACAUAGAAACAGCUCUGCAUCAAAUUCAAGUUCAGUGUGAACAUGAAAAUGACUCAGCCCCCAAAUUAACUCCUUUAGAAAAUGUACUGGCUCAAGUUGAAACAUCGUUAAACUUUUUAGCUGAUUCUGUUUUACAAGAACAACCACCAUUAAGAAGAAAGAAACUUGAGUAUUUAAUUAAUGAAUAUGUCCAUAAACGUAUGAUCACUAGAAGGCUGAUUUCUAGGAAAGUAUCAAGUCCUCGUUCAUUUGAAUGGCUUUGUGAAAUGCGCUUUUAUUUAGAUUGUAAUCAGACUGAUGUAUUGAAACAGCUUACAAUACAAAUGGCUAAUGCUAAUUUUUACUAUGGAUUUGAAUAUCUUGGUGUACAAGAUAGAUUAGUUCAAACUCCAUUAACUGAUCGUUGUUAUUUAACUAUGACUCAAGCAUUAGAAUCUAGACUAGGAGGAUCACCAUUUGGACCGGCUGGUACUGGUAAGACUGAGUCUGUUAAAGCUCUUGGUCAUCAGUUAGGACGUUUUGUUUUGGUAUUCAACUGCGAUGAAACAUUUGAUUUCCAAGCUAUGGGACGUAUAUUUGUUGGUCUUUGUCAAGUUGGAGCAUGGGGAUGUUUUGAUGAAUUUAAUAGAUUAGAAGAAAGAAUGUUAUCUGCUGUUUCUCAACAAAUACAAACUAUUCAAGAAGCACUUAAGUCUCAAAUGGAUUCUAAGAAAACUAAUAUCACUGUAGAACUUGUAGGAAAACAAGUCCGAGUAUCAACCGACAUGGCAAUAUUUAUAACUAUGAAUCCUGGUUAUGCUGGACGUUCUAAUCUUCCAGACAAUCUUAAAAAGUUAUUCCGAUCAUUAGCAAUGACUAAACCUGAUCGACAACUUAUAGCUGAAGUUAUGUUGUUUUCUCAAGGUUUUCGUACGGCUGAAAAACUUGCUUGCAAAAUUGUUCCAUUUUUCAAAUUAUGUGACGAACAACUUUCUAACCAAUCUCACUAUGAUUUUGGAUUAAGAGCAUUAAAAUCUGUUUUGGUAUCUGCUGGAAAUGUUAAAAGAGAUCGUAUACAACAUAUUAAAGGUAUCAGUGCUACAACUGAAAGGCAUAGUUUGAAUGAAGCUGAAAUAGCAGAAAAUUUACCUGAGCAAGAAAUAUUGAUUCAGUCUGUAUGUGAAACAAUGGUACCUAAACUUGUUGCUGAAGACAUCCCACUUUUGUUUUCAUUGUUAAAUGAUGUUUUUCCACAAGUUCAGUAUAAACGUGCCCAAAUGACAGAAUUGAAAGAACAAAUAAGAAAAGUAUGCCAAGAAGAAUACUAUGUUUGUGGAGAAGAUGAUGAACUUGGGGGUCCUUGGAUGGAAAAGUGUUAUAUGGGGGAAACUUGGAUACAAAAGGUUCUACAAUUAUAUCAAAUUUGUGAAUUAAAUCAUGGUUUAAUGAUGGUUGGUCCAAGUGGAUCAGGAAAAUCUAGUGCAUGGAAGGUUUUAUUAAAAGCUCUUGAAAGAAUGGAUGGAAUGGAAGGUCAAGCUCAUGUAAUCGAUCCAAAAGCUAUAUCUAAAGAAGCUUUAUAUGGUGCUUUAGACCCUAACACCAGAGAGUGGACUGAUGGUUUAUUUACUCAUAUUUUAAGGAAAAUUGUCGACAAUGUUCGUGGAGAAAUAAAUAAAAGACAAUGGAUUAUUUUUGAUGGUGAUGUUGAUCCAGAAUGGGUAGAAAAUUUAAACUCUGUUUUAGAUGACAACAAAUUGUUGACUUUGCCAAAUGGAGAACGUCUAUCACUUCCACCUAAUGUUCGAAUUAUGUUUGAGGUACAAGAUUUAAAAUAUGCUACUCUUGCAACUGUAUCUCGUUGUGGUAUGAUUUGGUUUAGUGAGGAUGUUUUGACUACUGAAAUGAUAUUUGAAAAUUAUUUGAGCCGGUUAAGAAGUAUACCUAUCGAUGAAGGUGAUGAAGAUUCAAUUUCUCUUAUUCCUCAACCAGUGUCUGCAACAUCAGGAACUGUUGAUCAAUUUAUCUCUCCAUCAUUACAACUUCAAUUAGAUAUUGUUACAAUGUUACAACCACAUUUGUCAUCAGAUGGAUUAGUUGUCCGAUGUUUAGAGUAUGCUAUAAAGCAAGAACAUAUUAUGGAUUUCACUCGAUUAAGAGCACUUGGAUCACUAUUUUCUAUGAUUAAUCAAAGCAUAAGAAAUGUUCUUCAAUAUAAUAGAACUCAUUCAGAUUUUCCACUUCCACAAGACCAAUUGGAACAGUAUAUUCCAAAAUGUUUAGUUUAUGCUCUGUUGUGGAGUUUUGCCGGUGAUGCAAAACUAAAAGUGCGUUCUGAUAUUGGUGAAUUUAUUAGAUCUGUGACAACUGUAGCUUUGCCUCCCAUGACUGAAAAUAUUAUUGAUUAUGAAAUUAAUGUCCAUGGAGAUUGGGUUCCAUGGUCAAGUAGAGUUCCACAAGUAGAAGUUGAAACUCACAAGGUUGCAUCACCUGAUGUAGUUGUUCCUACCUUAGAUACUGUUCGACAUGAAACAUUGCUUUAUACCUGGCUUGCUGAGCAUAAACCUUUAGUCUUAUGUGGACCUCCUGGCUCUGGUAAAACAAUGACAUUAUUUUCUGCUUUAAGAGCUCUUCCUGAUAUGGAAGUUGUUGGCUUAAACUUUUCAUCAGCGACCACACCAGAACUAUUAUUAAAAACUUUUGAUCAUUAUUGUGAAUACCGCAAAACACCAAAUGGAAUUGUUCUAUCUCCUGUUCAAUUGGGUAAAUGGUUGGUAUUAUUCUGUGAUGAAAUUAAUUUACCUGAUAUGGACAAUUAUGGUACCCAAAGAGUUAUUUCAUUCUUGCGACAAUUAGUAGAACGGCGAGGAUUUUAUAAACCAACAGGAGAUCAAGCUUGGGUAUCUUUGGAGAGAAUACAAUUUGUUGGAGCAUGUAAUCCACCUACUGAUCCUGGCAGAAAACCUUUGUCUCAUAGAUUUUUACGUCAUGUCCCAGUAAUAUAUGUUGAUUAUCCUGGUGAAACUUCUUUAAAACAAAUUUAUGGAACCUUCAGCAGAGCAAUGUUGCGAUUAAUUCCUACUCUUCGUGGUUAUGCAGAGCCUUUAACAAAUGCAAUGGUCGAAUUUUACUUAGCAUCUCAAGAUCGUUUUACUCAAGAUAUGCAACCACAUUAUGUUUAUUCUCCUAGGGAGAUGACUCGUUGGGUUAGAGGAAUUUGUGAAGCCAUCAGACCAUUGGAAACUUUGAGUGUUGAUGGCUUAGUACGUCUUUGGGCACACGAAGCAUUACGCCUCUUCCAAGAUCGUUUAGUAGAUGAUAUAGAACGUCAAUGGACAAAUGAAAAUAUAAAUAUAGUGGCCAUGAAACAUUUCCCUGGAAUUAACAAAGAAGAAGCUCUUCAAAGACCUAUUCUUUAUAGUAAUUGGUUACACAAAGAUUAUGUACCAGUUGAAAGGAAACAAUUACGUGAUUAUGUAGCUGCAAGAUUAAAGGUUUUCUAUGAAGAAGAAUUAGAUGUUAAAAUUGUACUCUUUGAUGAAGUAUUGGACCAUGUAUUAAGGAUAGACAGAAUAUUCAGACAGCCUCAAGGUCAUUUGUUAUUAAUUGGUGUCUCAGGUGCAGGCAAAACAACAUUGUCACGAUUUGUGGCAUUUAUGAAUGGUCUUUCAGUAUUUCAAAUAAGAGUUCAUAACAAGUAUACUAGUGAAGAUUUUGAUGAGGAUUUGAGGGCAGUGUUAAGAAGAUCUGGGUGUAAGAAUGAAAAAAUUACCUUUAUACUUGAUGAAUCAAAUGUAUUAGAAUCUGGUUUUCUUGAACGUAUGAAUACUUUGCUGGCCAAUGGAGAAGUUCCUGGAUUAUUUGAAGGAGAUGAAUAUACCACAUUAAUGACUCAGUGUAAAGAGGGAAGUCAAAGAGAAGGUCUGAUGUUAGAUUCUAAUGAAGAACUUUAUAAAUGGUUCACUGGCCAAGUAAUGAGGAAUUUACAUGUUGUUUUCACCAUGAAUCCUAGUUCAGAAGGAUUAAAAGACAGAGCUGCUACUUCUCCUGCUCUUUUUAACAGAUGUGUUCUUAAUUGGUUUGGAGAUUGGUCAGAUACAGCAUUAUUCCAAGUUGGACAAGAAUUUACUAGAUCUGUUGAUUUGGAUGGACCACCUAUGUGGAGAGCUCCCGAUUUUUUCCCAUCAGCUUGUUCUUUAGUGCCUAGUAUUCCUGAUUACCGUACUGCUGUUGUUAAUGCUUUUGUUUACGUACAUCAAACAUUACACAAAGCUAAUAGCCGACUUAUCAAAAGAGGCUCCCGAACUAUGGCAAUCACUCCUAGGCAUUAUUUAGAUUUUAUUAACCAUUUUGUAAAAUUACAUAAAGAGAAGAGAGCUGAACUUGAAGAACAGCAACUCCAUUUAAAUGUGGGUCUAUCUAAAAUAGCUGAAACUGUUGAGCAGGUGGAAGAAAUGCAAAAAUCAUUAGCAGUUAAAUCUAUAGAAUUGAAUGCAAAAAAUGAAGCAGCCAAUGCAAAAUUACAGCAGAUGUUUAAAGAACAGCAUGAAGCUGAAAAACGGAAAGUUCAAUCGCAAGAAAUACAAGCACAGAUUAAAGCUCAACAAGUAUUAAUAUCAGAAAAACGAGAACAUGUUAUGGCUGAUCUUGCUCAUGUUGAGCCUGCUGUUAUGGAUGCUCAGCAAGCUGUAAAGGAAAUUAAGAAACAACAAUUGGUUGAGGUACGAUCAAUGGCUAACCCUCCUGCAGUUGUUAAGUUGGCACUGGAAUCUAUCUGCUUGUUACUUGGUGAAAAUGCAUCAGAUUGGAAAGCUAUUAGAGCUGUUGUUAUGAGAGAAAAUUUCAUUAAUUCCAUCGUCAAUAAUUUUAGUACAGAGAAUAUUUCUGAUGACGUUCGUGAAAAGAUGCAUAGCAGAUACUUAGAUAAUCCUGAUUACACUUUUGAAAAAGUGAAUCGUGCCAGUAUGGCUUGUGGUCCUAUGGUUAAAUGGGCUAUUGCACAAGUUAGUUAUGCUGACGUAUUGAAAAAAGUAGAACCAUUAAGAGAUGAAUUGAAAUCUCUUGAAAACCAAGCCUCAGAAAAUAAAGUUAAAAAUGAAGAAACUACUGCACUUAUUUCUCAAUUAGAACAAACUAUUACUGAAUAUCAGGAAGAAUAUGCACAGCUCAUUUCACAAGCUCAAGCAAUUAAAUCAGAUUUAGAAAAUGUUCAGAGCAAAGUUGAUCGAUCUAUUGCUUUAUUGAAAUCUUUAGUAAUAGAAAGAGAAAGGUGGGAAAGUACUAGAGAUACAUUCAGAUCUCAAAUGGCUACGAUUAUUGGAGAUGUUCUUUUAUCAUCUGCUUAUUUAGCUUAUGCUGGUUACUUUGAUCAACAUUACCGUCAAAAUUUGUUUACUACCUGGUGCCAACAUUUGUAUUUAGCUGGAAUACAGUAUAGAUCUGAUAUAGCAUUAACUGAAUACUUAUCAAAUCCUGACGAAAGACUUCGUUGGCAUGCUAAUUCAUUACCUACAGAUGAUUUGUGUACAGAAAAUGCUAUUAUGUUGAAGCGUUACAAUAGAUAUCCGUUAAUAAUUGAUCCAUCAGGACAAGCAACUGAGUUUAUCCUUAAAGAAUAUGCAGAUGCUAAAAUUACAAAAACAAGUUUCUUAGAUGAUUCCUUUAGAAAGAACCUUGAAUCUGCUUUGCGUUUUGGAAAUCCAUUGCUUGUUCAAGAUGUAGAAAACUAUGAUCCAAUUUUAAAUCCUGUAUUAAAUCGAGAACUUCGUCGUACUGGAGGUCGUGUUUUAAUAACAUUGGGAGACCAAGAUAUUGAUUUAUCACCAAAAUUUGUGAUAUUUUUAUCUACACGUGAUCCAACUGUAGAAUUCUCACCAGACAUAUGUUCUAGAGUAAUGUUUGUUAACUUUACUGUAACUAGAUCAUCAUUACAAAGUCAAUGUUUAGAUCGUGUAUUAAAAGCUGAAAGGCCUGAUAUUGAUACUAAACGAUCGGACUUGCUUAAACUUCAAGGUGAAUUUCAUCUUCGAUUAAGACAGUUGGAAAAGUCAUUAUUGCAAGCAUUAAACGAAGCCAAAGGUAAAAUAUUGGAUAAUGAUUCUGUGAUAACAACAUUAGAAAGGCUUAAACAAGAAGCAGCUGAUAUCAGUAAAAAAGUGGAAGAAACCGAUAAAGUUAUUGCAGAAAUUGAAACAGUUUCACAACAGUACAAGCCUUUAGCUCAAGCUUGUAGUAAUAUGUAUUUUACCAUGGACAGUUUAAAUCAAGUCCACUUCCUUUAUCAAUAUUCGUUAAAAUUCUUUUUGGAUAUAUUCAGUUCAGUAUUAUUGUCCAAUCCUAGAUUGGCAUCUGUCACUGAUCAUACAUCUCGAUUGGACAUAGUUACAAAAGAUUUAUUCACGGUAUGCUAUGAAAGAGUAGCCAGAGGAAUGUUGCAUAAUGAUAGAUUGACAUUAGCAAUAUUAUUGUGUCGAAUAAGUUUAAAAGGGUCACCAUUUGGUAAUUUAUUAGAUUCAGAGUUUCAAUUUUUCCUUCGAGGUAAAGAAGGAGUUCUAAGUUCCAACAACUCGUCAGGGCAAGGGUCUCUUAGUAGUUUGAAUCAAGAACAAAUUGAAGCUAUGAUUAGGCUAUCCCAUAGAAUAUCAGCAUUUAAAAAUUUAUCAGAACGAGUUGAAGAGAUGCCAGAAUUUGGACCAUGGCUUGCACAGAAUACACCUGAACAAUGUGUGCCUAAGUUGUGGGAUGAACAAACUCCAUUUAGUCCUGUAGCUACAGCCAUGUAUCAACUUCUUGCUAUCCAGGCAUUUAGACCAGAUAGAGUCAUAGCAUCAGCAAAUCUGUUUGUUGAAGCAACUCUAGGUACGCAAUUAACCUCUUCAGCAGAACGUGAACCAGACUUGGCAACAAUUGUUUUGAAUGAAUUGGAUUGUAGUGUUCCAGCACUUUUGUGCUCAGCUCCUGGAUAUGAUGCAUCUGGUCGAGUUGAUGAUCUUGCUACUCAGCAUAACCAACUGUUAUCAUCUGUAGCUAUUGGUUCUGCUGAAGGUUUCCGUCAAGCUACUGAUGCCAUAAAUUCAGCUGUUCGCCUUGGACGGUGGGUACUAUUAAAAAAUGUUCAUCUAGCACCUCAAUGGUUAGUGCAGCUUGAAAAAAAAUUACAUAGUCUUCAACCACACACAAACUUCAGACUAUUUUUAACCAUGGAAAUAAAUUCUGGUGUACCGGUGAAUUUAUUGAGAGCUGGUCGUAUAUUUGUGUUUGAACCACCACCAGGUGUUAAAGCUAAUUUGUUACGAACAUUCAAUACUAUUCCGGCAUCACGCAUGAUGAAAGUACCUAAUGAAAGAGCCAGAUUAUACUUUUUACUAGCAUGGUUCCAUGCUAUUGUUCAAGAACGUCUUCGCUAUACUCCACUUGGUUGGGCCAAACAUUAUGAAUUCAAUGAAUCUGAUCUUAGAGUUGCUUGUGAUACUUUAGAUACAUGGAUUGAAACAACAGCAAAAAGCCGUACAAAUUUACCACCUGAGAAAAUUCCUUGGGAUGCAAUAGUUACAUUAUUAUCACAGUGUAUUUAUGGUGGUAAAAUUGAUAAUGAUUAUGAUCAAAGGCUAUUGACAUCAUUCUUAAGCAAAUUAUUCACAGCACGUAGUUUUGAAACAGGAUUUGCAUUAGUUGCCAAUGUUGAUGGUGUUGGAGGAGAUAAUAGACAUAUUACAAUGCCAAAUGGCUCAAGGAGAGAUCACUUUUUACAUUGGAUUGAAAAUUUGUCAGAUAGACAAUCACCUUCAUGGUUAGGAUUGCCUAAUAAUGCUGAGAAAGUACUUUUGACAACGAGAGGUACUGAUUUGGUGAGUAAAUUAUUAAAAAUGCAACAACUCGAAGAUGAAGAUGAGCUUGCUUAUGUCACUGAACAAGGUGUUAAAGAUGGAGGACCAGAUUCUAGUGUUGGACUACCAACCUCUGAUGGUCGUCCAACUUGGAUGAGAACAUUGCAUAAUUCAGCAACUACAUGGUUACAACUUUUACCUCAAUCACUACAGACAUUAAAACGUACUGUAGAAAAUAUCAAAGAUCCACUUUAUCGAUACUUUGAGAGAGAAGUGAAUUUUGGUUCAAAACUAUUGCAAGAAGUUAUACAUGAUUUAAAUGAAGUAGUAGCUAUAUGUCAAGGAGAAAAGAAACAAACUAAUUAUCAUAGAAGUUUAUUGAGUGAUUUAGUCAAAGGAAAACUGCCUACUGGAUGGCGUCGAUACACAGUACCUAUUGGCUGUACAGUAAUUCAGUGGGUAUCAGAUUUUAGUCAACGUGUAAAACAACUACAACAAGUGUCACAACUUGUUUCCCAACGAGGUGCUAAUCAAAUUAAAUCAUUCCCGGUUUGGCUUGGAGGGCUUUUAAAUCCUGAAGCUUAUAUUACUGCUACUAGACAAUGUAUUGCGCAAGCUAAUUCUUGGUCCUUAGAAGAAUUGAUACUAGAAGUAACUAUUACUGAUGCAUUAGAAUAUGAUUCAGUGCAACAGGACGAGUGUAGCUUUGGUGUUAUUGGGUUAAAACUACAGGGUGCCCAGUGUCGUAAUAAUCAGUUGUUGUUAACUUCAUCUAUAAUGACUGAUUUACCUGUAACAUUGUUACGAUGGACACAUGUAUCUGCUGAAGAACAUUUAAGGCCUAAUAAACUUUCUCUACCAGUAUAUUUGAAUUCCACCCGUUCUGAAUUGUUAUUCACUGUAGAAUUAGAUGUAGCUCCUGGACAAGAUCAUCAUACAUUCUAUGAAAGGGGAGUUGCAUUGUUAACAUCCGCAGCUUUAAAUUAG